AUGCGAUUCAUAAUUUGCAUUUUCUUUGUGAUAGUAACUUCUCACCUUAAUUCAGCUAAUAUUGAGUCUGAUCUUCUGGAGUUCAUUGAUCUUGUUCCAAAAAAUCGAAUUGCAAUACUUUUCGGCAGACAUUUUCUAUUCGAUACUAGAUUUCGAACAGCCGUUAAUUACCUACGAUCGUCAGACUUUGAAAUCCUUAUGCAAGAACAAAUUUCAAAAAGUCCUGAAGUCCAUAACAUCAUCGAAUACUUGGGCAAAGAAAUUGAUUUAAAUGUGAUUCCAUUGAAAAUAAGACGAUUUAUAAAUCGAUUAAGACCAUCAUCAGCUCAAGAGUAUGGAAGUGUUCGAGGAUCAUUAAGUUUUAUUCAAGAAAUAACUCAAUUAUUACCUGAUUAUGAAAUUGCUAGGUUAAUUAGAGAUAAAAAGUCUACAGAUCCUGAGUUUGGAGAGCUUUAUGAAAAAAUUAAAGAUGUAAAAUUUAGGGAACUGGUAUAUUCGGCAAAAAAUUCAGAAAGCAUGGCUUUUGCUAUGGAUGUUCUAAGAAGCAAUCAAAUUGAAGUGGAUCAGAUUUUGGAAAUUGCGUUUGACAAGAUAAACACAUGGAGUCAAUUUUAUUAA